AUGUCGUCGAAUCAGGAUCAACUCAACUCGCGCAACCAGGACUUCAAACUCGACAGGCUGUUCGAUGUCUCGGGCAAAGUCGCUCUCGUGACCGGCGGUGGCAGCGGGAUCGGGUUGAUGAUCACGCAGGCACUGGCGACCAACGGCGCCAAGGUGUACAUCUGCGGCCGCACCGAGGAGAAGCUGGAGCGCGUGGCCGAGCUUUACGGCAAGGACAUCCCGGGGCAAAUCAUCGCCAUGACGGCCGACGUGUCGCAAAAGGACGAGAUCAAGAAACUCGUAUCCGAAAUCUCGUCCAAGGAGUCGUGCUUGAGCAUCCUGGUCAACAACGCCGGGAUCGCGCUCAACACGCAGCAAACCGAGGCGUCGUCGGCGGAAGAAAUGUCCAAGAACCUAUUCGACGACGAGAACGAGACCUUCGACAUGUGGACCGACACCUACCGGACCAACGUCCCGCAAUUGUUCUUCAUGACCACCGCCUUCCUCCCCCUUCUGCAGGCGGCACACAAGCAGCACGACAACUUCUCGGGAACCGUCAUCAACAUCUCUUCCAUCUCGGGCAUCGUCAAGACGAGUCAGCACCAUUUUGCAUAUAACGCAAGUAAAGCCGCCGCUAUACAUUUGACGUCCAUGCUGGCCAACGAGGUCGCGCAAAAUGGGUUGAGGAUCAGAAUCAACAGUAUCGCCCCCGGCGUGUUUCCCAGCGAAAUGACCGCCAAAGAGAGCGGCGAUGACCAAAAAUCCCACAUCCCCCGUGAAAAGUACGAGUCCAAGGUCCCCGCCACACGGCCGGGAGAGGACCGCGACAUGGCCAACGCAAUCCUCUUCGCAGCUACGAACCAGUACCUCAAUGGCCAGACCGUCGCUGUUGAUGGCGGAUACAUCCUGAGUGCCGGGAGCGGGCCGUGA